UUUCUAAUAUUUUCCAACUAAAAAAAAGGAAACUACGGACGUCGCCCUAAUUUUCUCUCUAUCUCUGCAGCCGCCUAAUACUUCAGUCUUCCAGAUCGACGCUUCUCCGGUCACUGGCGCUCCUCGCCGGUACCGGAGAGGCUCCUCCUCGUCUUAGUUCUAUCUAUUCUCUGUUUUGUUGGUCAAGGGAGGUUGAGGAUCUGGGUUCAUGUCUGGUUCGAUGUUGGUUGGCGUGGCUGUGACUGAUUCGAAUCUUUGAUCUGGUUCGCGGUGGUGGUUUGAGCCGGUUCAGAUAUGGGGUUUAGAUGUUCUUUCGGAUCUGGUUUGUAGCUUGUCAAUCGUUGCUCAUGGAGCCCAAUGGAUUCAGUUCGUCUCUCUCCUCCCUCUUUAUCUAGUUAAUAUUCAAGUUGUGUUAGUUUGUGGGUUGGUGUUGUCUUGUCUUCUUCGGAGUUUAGCUGUGUGUGAAGCUGUAUCAACGGGUCAUUAUAUGGCGGGGCUAUGUAUUCCGGGUAUGGCUUUGUCGAUGCUGUGCUUUCCGCUAGUCGUAGCUUCGGAACUGGGGGGCUCCUGCUUCUUCUCGUUCUCUCGAUCUUUCAGUGGUUUGUGUUUGUCAAAGUCUCUUUUGUGGGGUUCGUCUUUUGGAUGGUAAGUUGCUGUGGAGGUAUCUACUUGCCUUCUCCUUGCCGUCAUGGUGUGGAGUGAGGUUUCAAGACGAAGCAGUGGUUUCGAUCUCUGGCUCUUCUCUUGCGAGGAGGUGACCAUUCUCUUGCUUGUAGAUGGUUGAGUUUGGGUACACGAGUGUCCGCGUGUUUGAGCCGUUGGUCCUUUUUGACGUUAUCCCUACUUGGAGUUUCAAGACUCGAUCUUGUGCUUUGCUCUCGCGAGGAUCUGGUUUGUCGUUGUAGACGAGUGGUUAGUAGUUAUUGGCUUUAUGGUGGCUUUGGUCUUUCGUUCGUUUUUGCCGUGGCUGUAAUCGUGAGUUUGUGGUUUCGACCUGUGGUGGUUUAUGGUCCUCUCAAGUUCUGAGUUCUGGGUUCAGCACGUGCUUUUCCAUUGUCUUCAGAAUGAACGUUUGUCAGUCCUCGCUAUGGAGUUUGAUUCUGGCUCCUUAAGUUCCUAAGUGUUUCAACUACACCCCCCUCUUAUAGCUUGCUUUAGUUAAUUUGGUCUUAUGUUUAAUCACGUGUUUCUUGUUGCUUCCGGGAUGUUCGAUCUGUGAACUCGCCGGCUUAGUCUCCGAAAGGAUUGCGAUCCUUGUCGGCUUUGCGUUGUACGAUCGGUUUCGAAGGUUAUAAUAAAUUCAUAGAUGACAAAAAAAAAAAAGAAGUGUGCAACAAAUAGAAAGAAAAAAGACCAAAAGGGCAAAAAAAACAUCUCUGUUCUUCUUUCUUCUUGAAUAGCCAUUACUAUUCUUCUUCUCUCUUUAUAUAUCUCAUCAACUCUCUGUUUUUUCUCUGCUCCGUAUAUGUACUUUGUUUUCAGCCAUUGACGACAUGGUGAAGAACCUUAAAGUGGAUCCUCUUGCUAAGGCGGUCUCUGCCUCCACCACAUCCAUGAAGAGCCGCCAGUCAGAGCCAUAUUAUGGUACCCUUGAGACAUAUCAAGGCCUCCCUUGUCCUUAUGGUGGCUACUAUGGAUUCUACUAUCCAAGUCUUGAUGGUUCAGUUGGAGAAGCAAAGGAUAAUGGAUAUUAUAGUUAUGGAACAGAAGCUCAAUACCCAGUUAUGCAAGGUGAAAAUGGAUCUUUGGUCUACAUGAUGCCAGGGUUUCAAUCUUAUGAUGUUAGUUCCACUUAUAUGCCUAUAAGCCCGGCUUGUGUGUCAAGUCAGGCCCUUCACUCACCAAUGUAUGCAGCUCAAGGGUAUUAUCAAAACCAAUAUGGUUAUGGAGAUGUUUCAUCGCCAACCUAUUUAUGGGAAGACAAGUAUGCGUACGGUGUUGCUUCAAGUAACCAACCUUUGAAACAGAACAUAUCUUGUUCUUCAAGUCAUAACCAUAGCAACUAUUACUCAAAGAGCAAGACUUCUUUCACAAGUCAAAGCACGGGAGCUCGGCCUAAGAAGUCUGGAGUUUUGAAUAGAGAUGAAACAGAGAAGGCGAAAGCUAGGAACAAAGAUAAUGUUAAUAGUACUGAAGGAGAAUGUGAGUCACGUGUAGGUUCUGUGAUCAAAAGAGAUCAAUACAACCUCCCUAGCUUUGAGACCAAGUAUGAAGAAGCAAUGUUCUUUGUGAUAAAAUCUUAUAGCGAAGACGACAUUCACAAGAGCAUCAAGUACAGUGUUUGGUCUAGUACUCUAAAUGGGAACAAGAAGCUAGACAAUGCAUUUCAAGAAUCUCAAAAGAAGGUUGCAGAGAAAGGUGGAACGUGCCCUGUCUUCCUUUUCUUCUCGGUGAAUGCAAGUGGUCAGUUCUGCGGUGUAGCUGAGAUGACUGGGAGAGUAGAUUAUGAGACGAGCAUGGACUUUUGGCAGCAAGAUAAGUGGACUGGCUAUUUUCCGGUCAAGUGGCACAUAAUCAAAGAUGUUCCAAAUCCGCAACUAAGACAUGUAAUACUGGAGAACAAUGAGAACAAGCCUGUAACGAAUAGCCGAGACACACAAGAGGUGAGGUUGCCACAAGGGAAUGAAGUGUUGAACAUAUUCAAGAACUAUGCAGCAAAGACAUCUAUUUUAGAUGAUUUCGAUUUUUAUGAAAAUAGAGAGAAGGUUAUGGUUCAGAAGAAGCUAAGGUUCCCUCCGGCUCAGAUAAAGAAGAAAGAAGAAGAAGAAGAAUUGGUUGCUGAUCUCCAAACAAUGGAGAUAUCAAAGAGCGAAAAACUUGCAUGACAGGAACGAACUGUGACGUAACUAAAAGAAGCUGUUGAGUGUUUUGGAUUUUUUCCUUUUAAGUCGCCAUAAAACGGUUCCAUUGGUUCGGAUUGCUUUGAUUUUUAUAACAAGUGAUUAGUUUCUUCUUAUGCUAUGAUGGUGUGUAAGGUUUUAUAGUUUUGUAAUCAUUGGCGAAUAAAAUUUGGUUUAAUA